AUGCGGAGACGUAUGAUGGCUUGCACGCGAGGUGGCGCAGCUGGGGGUGAUGCACCCGGGCUUGCAGAUAGAGCCCCAGCUUGGGUGGGCCCAGCCCAGCCACCACCUGCACCAGCUGCAACUCCUGAUCUUCAUGCCAUGAUGGCUCAGAUACUAGCAGCUAUUGGGGAGAUGCGACAUGCACCAGCGCCAUUACCAGCUCCAGCUCCUAAGGGUGUGCAUCAGUCGUUCGCUCCCGCUCCAGAACCGCAGGGUCAGCCUGCCGCAGUGGCAUUAGAGGUUCAGCCGCCACCAGUUCAUGUGGCCGCCCAGCCAGACUUAGAGGACGGGAAGAUGCCACUGCGCGAACAGAAAAUUCUCGGGAUAUUCCAGAGGUUGGCACCGGAGAUAUUCUCAGGGGAGAUUAGGGAGGAUGCCCACGAGGCCGCAGCACAGGCUCGAGAUAGGGAGGAGGAGUCCCAGACAGGAUCUGUACCUCAACAGCCAGUGGGGCCAUCCCAGCCACCACCCGCACCAGCUGCAGCUCCUGAUCUUCAUGCCAUGAUGGCUCAGAUACUAGCAGCUAUUAGGGAGAUGCGACAGACACCAUUCCCAACACCAGCUCCAGCUCCUAGGGCUCCCGCAGGGUCAGCUGGCCGCAGCGGCACCAGAGGUUCAGCCGCCACCAGUUCAUGUGGCUGCCCAACCAGACUUAGAGGAUCGAGAAAUACCACUGUGCGAGCAGAAGAUGCUCGGGGUAUUCCAGAGUGCCCCCGGCGAGGGCGAGGGGCAAUUGUACUAGCUCCCCCUACACCUACACCAGUUUCAGCAGUUCCCUCUCCAGCUAGAAGCAGUGGUCUGGACCAGGACUGUCGGGACAGCCGACAGGGUACCAGAGGCAGAGCUCGGGAAGGCAGGUCAGGUGGUAGAUCGGAUGCUCCGGGCAGAGAUGCUUAG